AUGAAGGGACUGGUCGAUACGUCACAUUCCAUGUACUAUGGAUUCCCAUCGCCAAAUCUGAAACCUCGAGUACCUUCGGAACGUCUUUAUGGAUCUGACACCUCAACUUCAGAAACUCUUUCCACCUAUCAGAUUGUACCUUUUACUCGUUGUUUGAACCGAAAUCCAAGCCACGAAGAACUCGUGUUCUACCAAGCUAUUCUCGAUCCAAACAUCAUGGUUCACCUUCAUGAAUCACCAGUAGGCUCUGGUAAAACCACUGUCCUGGCGGCUGCUGUCAAAGCACGUUUGAUGGUUCAGAAAUCAUGUAGGGUUGCUCUGACUGCUAUGACCAACUCCGCAGUCGUUGCUCUACUCACUGUUUUCGAGUUUCCCACUCUCUUCACCUCUAAAGACGUGUCGAAAGAAGAUGUUCGACCACUUGUCGUUCAAGCAAAGAAUUGGAAAACUGCGAAUGGAAUUCCGACUCACCCGUUUGACUGGAAAGAGAUUAUUAAGAAAUGUUUCUCUCACCAACUGCAGAAUUUUGAUAUGACGACCGUCUCAGACGAAGCAUAUUCCACAAAUAUAAAGUCGAUGUUUGUAUACCUCCGAAACAACACCAUCAUUGCACUUGCUGCUUUGCUAGGAAAAGAGAAAUACGACUAUCUCUCUAAAUUGAAGUGUCGAGAACUAAACAAGAAAGAGCUCGUCAAAUAUUUCUUCGACUCUUACAAGCCUAACCUCCUUUUCUCAACGAUGGAUUCACUUGUCAACUUCACUACGUACCUUCCAGCUGAUUGCAUGCCGAGCCUUAUCGCAAUAGACGAAUCAACAAUGAUUCAGCCCAGUGAUCUAACACUAUUUGCAUCUAAAAUGCAAUCAAUGAGCUUCGAAUCUAUCGAGUUCGUUUUGGUUGGAGAUCACAAGCAGUUGAAUCCAUAUAAUUCGGUUGCCAGUUUGUCACCAUUGACUGUUUCACCGAACGUAAUGUUGAUGAACUACGAUGCAAUGGUUACUCGAUUCACUGUUGUUCAUCGUUGUCACCCUGAUGCCACUGAACUCAUUUCUAAGGUGUUUUAUGGAGGGUUCCUAGUAUCUGGAAAAGAUAUUCAACAAACUUACAUCCAGCACAACCUCACAGGAAUUACAUUCCGAAAGCCCAAAGUUAAAGCGUACAGCUACGUUCCGAAUGCUACCAGUAGCGCUGCUGUUGCUCAAAGUAGGUGUAAUUCAUCCGAAGCCCACUUCGUCGUCGAAUACGCAAAAAAGUUGAUAUACUUGAAUGGAAUCAAACCGUCCCAAAUUUCUGUAAUUACACCGUAUACGGCUCAAGCAGAACUACUUGAGAAGCUUCUGCCGCAAGGAAUCAUAUGCUCCACGUGUCGAAGAUAUCAGGGAUUAGAGAACGACAUCGUUCUUCUCAGCUGCUGCCACACCGGUGGAAAGCUUGAAACUCAUCAUAAUGUUGGAAUGGAAGGAGACCUCUUCCUCGAAGGCUUUCAAGUUCAAGCUACUGAAAACGGAAAAUCCAAUUUCAAACUGAUCGAUGAUGAUUCACUGAUUUUGGUGUCUCUGACCCGUUCCAAACACUUCACUACCAUCUUUGGAAACGAUCAAUUCCUCCGCUCAAUUCCACGUUGGAAAUCCAUUCUCGAACUUAUUCUUGCAUAA